UCUUGCGUGGCCUGAACGCCUUUGUCCUGUUGUAUGUGUUGAGCGUUGACUCCGCGAUUGAAUUUGUGGCGCAAACUGACAAUAAACACAGUUUUGAAUUAAUAUCUUUAAUCCACGACCAACGUCAAGCAUGAGUAAAAGAAAAGCCCCUCAGGAAACUCUGAAUGAAGGAAUUACAGACUUCCUUAUAGAGUUGGCCAAUUUUGAGAGAAACGUCAACAGAGCCGUUCAUAAAUACAAUGCUUACAGAAAAGCAGCAGCUGUUAUCGCCAAAUAUCCCGAGAAGAUCAAAAGCGGAACAGAAGCAAAGAAACUGGAUGGAGUUGGUGCAAAGAUAGCCGAGAAAAUCGAUGAGUUUUUGAAGACAGGAACACUACGCAAACUGGAAAAGAUUCGCAAUGAUGACACAAGUUCCUCCAUUAACUUCUUAACCAGAGUGACUGGAAUCGGUCCUGCCGCAGCAAGAAAGUUUUAUGAUGAGGGGGUCAAAACGUUAGAAGAUUUGAAGAAGAUCGAACACAAGCUAAAUCACCAUCAACAGAUUGGAUUAAAGUAUUUUGAAGAAUUUGAGAAGAGAAUUCCUCGUGCAGAAAUGCAAGAGAUGGAGACUCUGAUACUGAAGGAGCUUGAGUUGGUGGAUCCAGAAUACAUCGGCACUAUCUGUGGAAGCUACAGAAGAGGAGCGGAGUCCAGUGGUGAUAUUGAUAUACUGCUGACUCACCCAAACUUCACCGCUCAAUCUGAGAAACAGCCAAAACUUCUUAACGCUGUUGUGGAACAUCUGGAGUCCGUCAGCUUCAUCACUGACACGCUGUCUAAAGGAGACACCAAGUUUAUGGGUGUUUGUCAGCUUCAGAAAGAAAAUGAGGAUGAUGAAGAUAACAUUCAUCGACGCAUUGACAUCAGGCUCAUUCCAAAGGAUCAGUAUUACUGUGGUGUGUUGUACUUCACUGGCAGUGACAUAUUCAACAAGAACAUGAGGACUCGUGCUUUGGAAAAGGGCUUUACGCUCAAUGAGUACACCAUCCGUCCACUAGGGGUUACUGGUAUGGCUGGAGAGCCCUUACUGGUGGACAGUGAGAAGGACAUCUUUGAUUACAUCCAGUGGAAAUACAGAGAACCAAAGGAACGUAGCGAGUGAAAUCAGCUUACAUGCUGAGAGUGUUGUAACAGAUGGACAGAUGUGAAGAUGUUGUUGCUUCAGUCUCUUUCUGCGAUUGAUACAUCAGUCAUACUCAAAGAUUUAACUUCACAAAGCCGCAUAGAUAGUUUACAGGAGUGCUUGAAGUGUAGAGGAUGUUACAGGAGUCAGCGUGAGAUGUGUAAGGUUUUAAACAGUUGCGUGACUGUAUUUGAGCUUUUGUUUUUUCUUUUUAAUCAUGCUGAAUAUUUUGUUUUAAUUUGAAGCGCAGGACUGAUUCCACAGAUGUAAGACAGCACAGGUGAAUGAAUACUGUCAUGAGAAGCUUCAAAGAUACAACAGCAAACAUUUGUUUGUUUUAUUAUUAUGUUUAUAAGAUAAACCUAGAAAAAUAUUUUUAGUGGUGCUGUCUGGAAUGUUACAUUAUUUAUGUAGCCAUUAUAUUGUUGCUGUUGUUUUUGUUUAUUAGUAAAACAUGGCGAGGUCGAUUCUACAUGAAAUUCUGUCUUCUUUUGUGUAUUUUUCCCUUUUUAAACAUCACAUCCUUUUUCAGAUUUAGGUCAGUUUUCGGUUCGUCCUUUUUUGUUUGACUGAAUGUCUGUUUGAAAAAUUGUUGAUGUUAUUGUUAUUAAGUAUUGUCUGUCUUUCAGGACAAAAUUAAGACUAUUGCAGUGAAUUUGAAAAAAGAAUAUUAUAAUAAUGUUAUUUUCACUCGGA